AGAAGCGAUCGCGAGGGGAGGGGGCAACCACCGUCUUCGUUCUUUUCCAACGAAAAGAUGGGGAAAGGGUGAACCUGGAGAAGCCGAGAGAUGUUGGCCGGAACGGUUCACGCAGAGGGGGCAGACGUACGCCGGAGCGCAGUCUUCGAAGGGGAGUUACGCGAUGGCACGUUUCAUGGUCACGGUAGUUUGUAUUGGCCCCGAGGGCAAAGAGUCGACGGUAUUUGGCGCCAAGGUGAAUGUAAAGAGAAACGAUAUACCUUUAACGAUGGUUUGGUCUUCAGCACAAACGGCUGGAAGUACUGCAAGUUUCCUGAUAGACGAUACUACAUAUGCCUCAACCAUGGAUUAAGACCAGCAGGAGCAACACUGCGGACUAACAACGAAGAAGAUUAUCUAAUUCCACCUGAGUGUUACGAUGCGGGUAUAGGAAUAUUUGAUCCACGUACACAUUGUAUCGUGGCUUAUCGAGAUUUGAAGAAGUUGAGAUACCAACUGCGACAAUGGCUAGAUGGAUAAAAACCAACUGCCAAAAGGCAUGGAACGAGCCGACAGGACAUCGUGAAGAUAUUCACGAAAAUUGGUUCUCCAAAAAU